AAAACUUAAGUUUUUUUUAUUGGCGGAAAAAAAUCACAAUAUAUAGGAAAUGUAUUUUGUUUAAUUGGACAGUGGCUCGCAUCGGACUAUUUUAUUCCAUUGUAAUUAUUCCUUGUUGAUUAAUUUAAUCGUUACGGCACACACGAUUUGUGCGUCGCACAACAAGAUACAUGAUACAAAAUAUGAGCAAAUGUUUGAACAAAAAUCUAAAAAAAAAACAACAAAAAAACUAAAACAUUAAUGCCGGUUGUGUAGUGGUUGUAUACACUACAAAAUCUGAACUAAAAAUACAUUUUAAACGUAAAUUAUAUUAAUCUUUUUGAAUGUACAGGUAUAUUUAAUUACAACACCAAAUCACAGCUUUACUGUUAAUCAAAGUUUGCCCGCGUCAUCGUGCGUUGACCACCAGCUGACACUAGAGGGCGACAAUUCCCCCCACCACUCACGUUUACGAGUCAAAACUUCCAGUUGUUACAUGAGCUAGUCAACUUUAGGCCUUCGGCCAUUUGUUAAUAUGACACGUGCAUGUUUUUUUUUCUUACGCACACAUACUCCCAAACCUCUGUGCGCGUGCGUGUGAGCAUUCCAGGUGUGGAGGGAAGGGGGCGCACAAAAGAAAGCAUUGGCUCAAUGCAUGGCCGCAUGCGGUCGCUCACCUCCAUGUUUGCCCGUCGUGCAUGUGCUGAUCUUUGAACCUCCCCCAGGGAGGGAACAAUGUCCUGCACCACGCUCCUCUGUGGAGCGGCGUGAGUGCUGGUGGGGGGUGCCAUGAAGUUGGACUGCAGUUAAAAACACGCCAGCUGAACUUGGCUCGUCUUUAUUAUUGGACUGCAUCAACACAGAGAUGGCUCUUCUUCUUCUUCUUCUUCUUCGUGUUUGGGGACUUCUGCUCCUCGCCGUCAGCGUCCUGGCCGGACAAGAGUUCCUGGAGAACAUAGUGCGCUUCUACGGACACAACGAGUCCAUCUCCAGCCAAAACCUGGAGGACUUCCUGCUCAUCAUCUCCGCCCGGAGAGCUGAGUCCGUGAUGGAGGACAGUAACCCGCUGGCCGAUCAAGAGUGCCUCUCAGCCGAGCAGAUCUUGUCCCACUUUGGCUUCCUGAAUGUCAGCCAGCUGAGCGUGGGACAUCUGGAGAGGAUCUGCCCCGCCAUGUUGACCCAGGUGCUGCUGCCCUCCUGCCCUUACACCGCCCCCGACCCUCCGCUGACGCUUGACUACUCCGUGUGGGGUUGGGGCUUCCUGGCCGUCACCAUCAUCAACUUGGCGGCGCUCCUUGGCCUCCUGCUCAUCCCCUUCACCAAGAAGUCCUACUUCCCCAAAGUGCUCACCUACUUCAUCGGCCUGGCCAUCGGGACGCUCUUCUCCAACGCCGUGCUCCAGCUCAUACCGGAGGCUCUGGGCUUUGAUCCCAAAGCAGACAACUAUGUAGCCAAAGCAAUCGGAAUAUUUGGAGGAUUUUAUCUCCUCUUCUUCGUGGAGAGGAUAUUAAGAAUGGCUCUCCGAGUGGAACAUGAGCACGGCCCCUCCCACUUCUCCCCUGCCGACACGCCUCUGCAGGCCUCGCUGCAGAAUGGCGAUGUGUCGGAGAAGAAGGAUUCGAUGGUGCUGAGCAACAUCAGCACUAUCAGCACGGACAGGAGCAGCGUGAACUCGGACCACCCGCACGCCAACAUCAUACCUGCAGAGGAUGUCGAGGCGUCCGACGUGAUGUGUCGCUGUCUUCGUGGCCAGCGCAUCAGCAGCAUCAAGACGGUGGCGUGGAUGAUCACGCUGAGUGACGCCUUGCACAACUUCAUCGAUGGCCUGGCAAUCGGCGCCUCUUUCACCGUGUCCAUAAUGGCUGGCUUCAGCACGUCCACCGCCAUAGUGUGUGAGGAGUUCCCCCAUGAGCUGGGUGACUUUGUGAUCCUGCUCAACUCGGGCAUGAGCAUCCCUCAGGCCAUAUUCUUCAACCUGCUGUCAGCACUGGCGUGUUACGUCGGCCUCGUGUUCGGCAUUCUGCUCGGCAGCAACUUUGCCCCCAACGCCAUCUUCGCCAUCGCGGGUGGGAUGUUCCUGUACAUCGCUCUGGCAGACAUGUUCCCAGAGAUGGACGCCAUUGCCAGGGAAGAGAAGCGAACUUCCUCCAAGCUGGUCUUCUUCCUGAUCCAGAACGCGGGGCUGCUCACGGGUUUUGCCAUCAUCCUGCUCAUCACCAUGUUUGCAGGACAGAUCAACCUGGGCUAACGAGGACAAGCGAGGCACGGGACGGCUCCAGAAGAAAACAUAUAGCUGCUUCUCUUUCUGCUCAUCAUCAUUCAUCGUGUGAGAGGGCAGGAAUGUCAAGUGAUUGUUUUGUACAAACAGAACCAAACGUUGUUUGUUCUCCGCAAGCAGAGGAAAUCCAUGCAAUCAUUUCGUUCACGAAAUUCAGCCUGAUUUGUCCGAAAGAGACAGCCAAUUCUUUGUUUAUCCUCUUUGAUGUACUGUAAUGACCUGCUUCUCUGUAACACUCUCACUUGUUAGGGCUGCAGUUUUUUAUUUACCCGAUUUUCUCUGUUUUUUCUACACGUGUGGAUGAUUCACACAGUCACAGCCAUUAUUUUUAUUUUUAUUAUCAGGUGGACGAAAAUCUGAAUAACAUGUGGUGUAGAUUUUGUAAUUGUACGUUUACACUCGAGUGUUAUUGUGUUUUUCCUCAGGGUUUAUUCAGAUCACACUGAUGCCUUCUGUCAAAGACAAAGAGACUGUGUAUACUUUGACACAAAAGACAUAAAUAUAAAUAUCUAUGACCAUGUGACCGUGUAAACAACUGCGAUCUUUGACCUCUGGGUUUUUUAAAACUUUAUGAUGAAUAUUGUGUGAUUUUUAGACCAGAGCAGUGUAUUGAAAUGAAUGGAAGCUCCUUAAAAUUGUUUGAGUCUAUGUUGAAAGGCACAGGAUGCAUUUUUGUGAGAUUUGAUAAAUAAAGAAUAUUUGCUUUUGUAAUAAUCAGUGUUGGGAAUAACGGUGUUGGUAAUGCCGUCAUUGGGUAACUUAAUUACUCUGCCGUUACCGUUACCGACCGUUAAAUGUGGUGUGCAGUGCUUCAGUGACCAUUGUUCACUACUACUACACAGGGAGAGAAAUAGCUAGUCUACAAGUUGUGGUUGCUCACUCGCAGGAAAACACUGACCCCUAGCGUUUUGGUAGAGAACUGAAAAGUCAUGAGCUUCACCCAAGGCAGGGGUGUCCAAAGUGCGGUCCAGUGGCUAUUGUGGACUGCGACACAUUGGAGAUAUCCUACUGAACAACACCCCCCUCACCCCCCCGAAAGAAAAACAGCAACAAUGGGGGAAAAAAACAGAAAGGGU